CAGACCAGUCGUACACAGGUGAAACCGCAGAGUCGAUGGUCGCACGGUAAUAGUCGUGAGCGCGGACAGCCAAUGCCGAGUUUUUGCUGCGUCGCUAAUGUGUUUGUCUUUAGCGUCGGUAGAUUAUUAUGAUUCAAUAGUUAAAAAGUGUAUAAAUAUCAAAUUCUAUUUCUAAAUUUUUAAUAUAAUUGAAUUAUUUAUUAUUUUCCGUGAAUAAUAUGUUUUGUUAGUGUGGUGUACUUUUGAAUUUAGUGCAGUGCUACAAAUUGUGAUCACUACAAGGAAUUUGUGUAUGUUAUAUCUAAUGCAAUAUAAUUUGCAAUAAGAAAGACAAUUUCAGAGUGUAUGAUGUAAAUUAAUACUGACUUACUCAGCCCACGCACGAUGUACAGGUCGAACUUCUAUGAGAGCACGUGCUUGCGUUGUUACCAGACGGUAUACCAAGUAGAUCGUGUCGGGCCCCUCAAGGAUUUUACGUUUUUCCACAGCGGUUGUUUCAAGUGUAUAGUGUGUGGUACAAAACUAACACUUAAAACAUACUAUAACAACCAGCAUCGACAAGAAGAUAAGGAAGUAUAUUGUUCGAGUCAUGUACCAAAAACUGGGCCUGGCCACUUGGACGGUACAUCGGUAGGUAUAAGAAGUGCAUUGAAUGUGCCUAAAUCCACGACGUUUGUAAAUGACCAAAUUCGGGGUAGUGGCAAAGGAACUUUUGAUGCGGAAGCGCUUAAUAUAAAGCAACAUCUCAACGGAUGUACCCCUCACCGUUCACAGUCGCCAUUAUCCCCAUACAUCAACACUCCUAGUCCAGAUACCGGAUAUCAAUACGGAAGGUUCGAUGCUUCCGCAUUACACAUAGCUCAUGCACUUAGGGCUACUGAGCUUCACAAGUCAUACACCAACAAAAAUGGUAUCAGGGAGAAACCUAUUCACUGUUAUUUAGAUAAAGAUGAGCAAACCCGGCUAGAAAUGAAACAUCGGAAAGAAGAAGAUGAUUUGUACAGAAAGUUUGCAAAACAGCGUGAAGCUGAAGAUAAUCGUAUUAAAGAAGAAAUAAAUAGUGAAUGGGAAAAAGAAUUAGAAAGAUUAACAAUACGAUUUGAGAAAGAAUUGCAAAUGAAAAGGAAACGACCGGACGAACAAAAAGUUCUCACAUUGAAGUUACAACAAGAACGAGACAAUCUUGAAAAGAACAUGACAAUAAGAAGAGACCGAAAGAAAGAGUCAUUAACGAAAAAAUUAUUAGAACAUGAGAGAGCGGCUACUGCGGCCUUAGUGGAAAAACAGAGUAGCGAAAUGUUAGACCUUAUUAAUGAAAAACGUAGUGAGUAUAUGAUGGCUGAGUCGUUGUACUUGGAUGAUUCAUCUUUACCAGACGAAACAACCCAAACACUCAACGAUAACGUCCAACCUUACCCUGGCAAAGCACCGUUACCGCCAUCUCCUCAUGGUGUGGCCCAAGCCAAAUUCCAAUUAUAUUCAGACCCGUUGGAGUUCGCCCAUAUUGAUCAGAUAGCAAUAUCGGUAGCACAAGAAGAUCAAAAAACGUUUACGGAUUUAGUUCGAAUGUUGGUUGGAAAAUGUGGUUCAGAUAUUGAAAAAGCAAGAACAAUAUUCCGAUGGAUAACCGUGAAAAAUUUAAACACUAUGAAUUUUGAUGAUAAUUUAAGAGGUGAUACUCCAAUGGGUCUCCUAAGAGGCAUUAAACACGGAACUGAAAGUUACCAUGUAUUGUUUAAACGAUUGUGCAGUUAUGCCGGUUUACAUUGCGUUGUUAUCAAAGGAUAUUCCAAAUCUGCAGGAUACCAGCCGGGCGUUCACUUUGAAGAUAGCCGCUUCCGAAAUUCGUGGAAUGCUGUAUACGUUGCAGGCGCAUGGAGAUUUGUACAAUGUAACUGGGGAGCCCGACAUCUAGUCAAUGCUAAAGAAGUACCCAAAGUAGGAGCCAAAGGAAAAUCUGACAGCCUGAGAUAUGAAUACGAUGAUCAUUAUUUCUUAACUGAUCCGAGAGAAUUCAUUUAUGAAUUCUUCCCUCUACAACCCGAAUGGCAACUAUUAAAGAAUCCAAUUAGUCAGCGGGACUUCGAAGAUUUGCCGUUUGUUCGAUCAUUGUUUUUUCGAUAUGGUCUUUACUUUCCGGACUCUAAUACCAAAGCAGUCAUGUAUACUGAUGCUACAGGUGCAGCAACUGUACGAAUAGCAAUACCGACUAACAUGCAGUCUAAUUUGAUUUUCCAUUAUAAUUUAAAGUUCUAUGAAAGUGAAGGAGACACUUAUGAUGGCGUCAGUUUAAAAAGAUUUGUCAUGCAGUCUGUUCUUGGAAACAUAGUAGCAUUUCGUGUUCAUUCGCCUAAUAGUGGUGCUUUUCUUCUGGAUAUAUUUGCUAAUUCGGUGACACCAAAAGAAUACUUAACCGGCGAGCCAAUGAAAUUUAAGAGCGUAUGUAAAUUCAAAAUCAUAUGUGAAGAACUUCAGACUGUUAUGGUACCUCUCCCUGACUGCGCUAGUGGUGAAUGGGGUCCUACCAAAGCGACUAGGCUUUUUGGUCUUAUACCGAUAUCACAUCAAGACCCAUUAGUAUUCGCUGGCCGAGAGUUGGAGAUACAAUUCCGCAUGUCUAAGCCUCUAACAGAUUUCAUGGCUACACUGCAUAAAAAUGGAAUAGAAGAAAAACGUCUAUCUAAAUACAUAUCUCACACAAUCGUCGAUGAUUUCAUAACAUUUUUAAUCGGUUUUCCUGAAGAGGGUCAAUACGGUUUAGAUAUUUAUACACGAGAAAUAUCAUCAUCUACAGAUGAAAAUCCUCAUAAGUACACAAAUGGAAGUGUCAAUAGUGGCGAAAAACAUUUACUCACACAUUGUUGUAAAUAUUUAAUUAAUAGUUCUAAGAGAAAUUAAAUAUUAAUACUUCAACGUUUAACAUAAUUAUUGUACCUAUUUACUGUUUAUUAUUGUUUAGAUUAGAAAUAAUUAAAAUUUAACAUAAUUUUUGUUUGUUUAUUUGUUAAAAUUAAUUUUUAUUAUUUGAUUGGAAAAAUAACAACAAAUUACAAACAUAUGUGUGUAAUGUAAAGAAGAAAUCUAUAAAUAUACUAUUUAAGUUUAUUGACAUUAUUUAAAUUCAAUUAAAAUUUUUAAAUCUAUCAUUUAAUAAAAUUUUAACAUUUUCAAACAAAGGAUCACCUCCUCAAGUUUUUUAUUUAAGAAAUAUAAGGUUGUAUAUUUUUAUGUACCAUUUGUAAAUUAUGCAGGAUAUACUUUUAAGGAUGAUAAAUAAAAUUUUUUAUAUAAACGUACUACAAGUAAAUAACUUAAUCAAAUUUUAUACAAAGUGUACUAAAAAUAAAUACGCCAUCAAAUUUUAUAUUAGAUUUACUGCCUUUUUUUUAGCUUAUAAGUUCAAACAAAAUAUAAAUACAGAGUAGUACUACAGAGAAAACCUUGUGAAAAAAAAGGAUAAAUUAGAAUCCUCCAUAGAGUAAACACCUUUAAUAUUUUUAUUAGUGUUCCAUUAGUAUAAAGCAAUACGCGAAGUAUAAUAAAAGAAAAAGAGCUGCAA